CUCUCCCCACUUUCUAACGGAUUUCAAUUGCCUAUCUUUAUAUCUUCAAAAUCUAUCUCUCUCUCUGAUCAAUUUCACUUUACUUGUCUGCCUACCGCCAUCUUCUUCUUCUUCUCCUCUCUUUUUAUAUAUAUAUAAUCUUCUUCUUUCCUCAAACCCCACCUACCCUUUUGUUGCUCUCUUCCUGCUGUUUCUGUUCUUCCGGUUUUCAUCGAAAACGGUCGAACAAACAUACAAACACACAUAUAUUUACAUCCAUACAUAUAUUCAUCUUCUUUUGAAAUUAGCUUCUUUGAAGGUCUUCUGUUUUUCUCUUCCUGCUCUUUCUAUUUUUCGAGUUUUGAUCGAAGAACUGUUGGAUAUACAUGCAUAUAUCAUCUUUCGGGAUCGGCUUCUUUGAAGGUCUUUUGUUUCUCUCUUCCUGAGGCUCUUCCUGCUCUUUCUAUUCUUCGAGUUUUGAUCGAAAACUCUUAAACAUACAUACAUACAUACAUCGUAUUUCGAGAUCAGCUUCUUUGAAGGUUGCUUACUAUACAUCUUAAACUUCUCUUGUAACGAUCUUGCUGGUUUCGGUUCUUUGAGAGUUCGACGGAGAAUUGUUCAGCAUAUAUACAUACAUACAUACAUAGAGUUAAUUUUAAUCUAGCUAUCUUUAAGUUCGAUCGUCUUCUUCAUCGGAAGACUGCACAGGAAGCUCUAUAGUGAAAGAAUCAGAGGACUUGAAUUAGGGUUUUCUACUUGUGUGAGAUCACAUAUCAUGUGCACCAGAGGACAUUGGAGGCCGGCAGAAGAUGAAAAACUCAGAGAGUUGGUGGAACGUUACGGCCCGCAUAACUGGAACGCCAUAGCUGAAAAACUUCAAGGCAGAUCAGGGAAAAGUUGUAGGUUAAGAUGGUUCAAUCAACUGGAUCCCAGAAUCAACAGAAGCCCUUUCACAGAAGAAGAAGAGGAGCGGCUUUUAGCAUCUCAUCGGAUCCAUGGAAAUCGAUGGGCAGUGAUCGCCAGAUUGUUCCCCGGACGAACUGAUAAUGCAGUGAAGAAUCAUUGGCAUGUCAUCAUGGCUCGAAGAUGCAGAGAAAGAUCAAGACUUUACGCCAGAAGAGCGGCUCAAAAUCUCCUGAAUAAUGAGCAGAAAUCGCCUUCAAAUCCAGAAAUCUUCUCCGCCUAUUGCCAGAAAAAUCUCUACAGUUUUGCUCAGAAUCAUAACCAUCUUCUUCAUCAGUGUUAUCCGGUGCAGGUUUUCAAAGAAGUGGAAGCCGAAAAUACAAGCCAUUGUAUCACCAUGAAUCAAGAUAACAAGAACCAGCGGGUGGAGUUUUACGAUUUUCUUCAAGUGAAUACAGAUUCAACCAAGAGUGAGGUGAUAGAUAAUGCGCGAAGGGACGAUGAGGAAGUGGAUCAAGAAGCGACGGAGCAGCAGAAAACAAGGGCACAAUUUAUCGACUUCUUAUCAGUAGGAGGAGAUUAAAUGUUGACAAUAGCUAAGGUAGAUGAUGAAUUUGAAGAAGAAGAAGAAGAUGACAAGACAAGCUACUGGAAAAGAGAACAACUUAGUUACAGACACGUACGUAUGAAGUAAAUAUAUUAUAACUAACUAAGAAAUGAAGUUCAAUUCAAUUAGUUAUGAGAAUAUGACAGAGGAACAAUAUUUAAUCCAGAAGAUGAUGAAGAUAUAUUUUAUAUAUUAUAUAAUAUUAUAUAAGAAGAAAGAAGAAGAAGAAGAAGAAGAAGAAGAAGUAGUUGUGUUGUGUUGUGUUGAAUUGUAAAAUCGAAGUUUUUCAGCUAAAUGAAUUUCAAGCUGACGAUUCAAGUUUUUAUUUUUUU